AUGUAUCCUCGUAAACUUCAUGAUCAUUUUUCAUUUGAUCCACGAUUGGAACAAUAUGUAUAUGCUGAGAUAUUUCCAUUAUGCGAUGAUUUCUAUUUUUAUGGAACCGAUCAAUUAGUAACACCAUUUCCAUUCAUUAUUGAACAUCCGUUUAUUAAACCACCAAUGCCUAAAUGGCAUGAAGAACUUCGUCAAACAGAUGCUGGACCUAGCAAGAAGGAAGAGUCCGAUUAUAGGUCAUAUGCUUAUAUCGAUCGUAUCAUACGACCUGGAUAUGAUUUAAAACGAAGUGAGCAGCAAGAUUUGCAACGUUUACAUCAACUUCAACAUUGGUUACGUGGCAUUUUUGCACCACGCCUAUCAUAUAAGUAUCGCGUAGAACGAUUAUCUGAUGAUAAUGAAUAA